UUUUUUCUUUGGUCUAAUUAAGAUCACGAAACACCAAAACAAGAUAAUUUGGAGAAACAACUGAAUGAAAUUAAUAAUCAAAUAGCAGCAGUCAGUGAGCUAAAAAUACAAAUUUUCUGACGGUCGAAAGCACAAAUUCUCUUGGAAAAUCACAAAAAGAGCGUGUUAAAAUACAAAAAAACUUAAACGUUUAAAAUCAGUUGCAGCAGCACAAACAAAAUUUCGAAAAAUCAAAAAGGCAAAAAUUGAACGUGCUAUACGUGAUAAUCCGGAACUAGCAAAACAUUUAGGUUCAAUAUCUCGUCCGCAAAGUGGAAAACCUCGUCUUGAAGAAACAAAUUCGGGUUUGCUAGGUAAAAGAUACUUUUUACUACCCAGACGUCCGAAUUCUAUUGAUGGAAAACGGCAAGUACAAACUGUGCGGGUACGUCUUGUUCGAGCACAGAAUUCAGAACAUCAUCUCGAUCAAUAUUUCACAACAACAACAAUUGGGCACUUAAAAGCUUUAAGUGGCUUUUUAGGGCCAAAUUCUGUGUUCUAUUUAUCUCAAGACGAUAAAGCAAGAAUACCGCUAGGUCUGCCAGCGGCAAAAAAGCAGUCACCUCUAUUGAUGAGGUUAGACUAUAAAGUCACUUUGCCUGAUCACGACUGGGUGGUAGCAAAAGGACAUAAAUUAAUACCAUCGGUAUAUGGUGCAUGUCUUAUUAGUGACAAAAAAGUAGUUACGUACAGUGGGCCUACGUUCGUAGCCAUUCGUUCAGCUUUACAUGAUUCAACAACAGCUUCCUCAUAUUUACACGAUCUUCGUACUUUAUUACAAUUAGAUGAGUUUGAAAGUGUUGCAAAGUACGAAAAUGCUGUAAAACCGAUUGUUAUUUUGUCUGUUGAUGGUGAACUAGAUGAAAAUCCUAGAUUUCCAAAAACUUUAGCAGCUGGAGUUACAUUAUUUAAAGAAAAUAAUCUCGAUUGUCUCUUUGUUGUAACGAAUGCGCCGGGUAGAUCAGCAUUUAAUCAUGUUGAAAGACGAAUGGCGCCGCUAUCAAAUCAACUUACUGGGUUAAUACUGCCACAUGAUUUUUAUGGCAGUCAUUUAGACGAUAAUGGUGAAACGGUUGACGACAUUUUAGAAAUUCGAAAUUUUGAAAGAGCAGCUCGAUAUGAACCACCACCAGAUCACGAUGAUGACGAGCUAGCAAUGGUACAUGUUAAUUUACAGUGGUGUGCAAAACAUGUGCAGCAAUCACAGUAUCUUCUUCAAAUCGUUAAAUGUAACGAUUUGAAAUGUUGUAAACAAUUUCGUUCAAGUUAUAAUAUCAUUUUUGGUCAAAGGUUUUUACCACCACCUCUACCAUUUAAACAUGAAAAAAUGAGUAUGAGUAUCGAUAAAUGUAACUUACUCCCUCUUAUAAAGUAUCUGUGUCCUUAUUUAGCUAUAGUUGCUGCCAGUUUUGAUGAUAAAGAGGGCCGUUUUGUUUCUCUGUUUGAACAGCUACAACUGAACAGUAUUAUUCCAGUAACAGUCUACAAAGAUAUGCCUUAUGAUUGUUAUUUACCAUCAGUACAAGAAAAUCUGCCAAAACGUAUUUGUGAAAAAUGUAAUCUAUAUUUCCCGUCAGCGGCUAGUGUAACACGUCAUAAAAAGUUACAUUCAGCAAAAUAUAUUCAAAAGCAGCUAAUUAUUGAUCUAAAACAGGCUGAUGAAUUUGAAGAGAGCAGUGAAGAAGAGAUGGACAGUGAUGAUGAUAUAGCUGGAGAUGCGUUUGGUGAUAAAAAUAUUAAUUUAAAGCCAGCUUUAAUAUCAAACUUUUCUGCUUGGCUAAAAUCUGAUCUUAUCGCUGACACACAAGAAGAAGAACAGUAA